AUGUCAUCCAGACAACCAAUCGUAUCAGCAAGUCCAGCCCAGGCUGCUGCUAUUGCAGCGAGUCCAAGUCCUCAAGUCCAGGCGCCAGCCCAGGGGACUCCGGGCCAAGUCCAGUCUCCGGUCCAGGCAAAUGCUCAGAUCCAACAGCAGCAGCAACAGCAGCAGCAUCAGCAGCUAUUGAACAGUUCUCAAUCAACUUCUAGUCAAGUCGUGGGCAUGCACUACAAAAUCGGCAAGAAGAUCGGAGAAGGCUCGUUCGGUGUACUUUUCGAAGGAACCAAUAUGCUCAACUCCCUUCCAGUAGCCAUAAAGUUUGAACCUCGCAAGACUGAGGCUCCUCAACUGAGAGAUGAGUACAGAACCUACAAGCAUCUGGCGGGUUGCGAAGGCAUCCCCAAGGCCUACUAUUUUGGCCAAGAAGGUCUGCAUAACAUUUUGGUCAUCGACUUAUUGGGUCCCUCUCUGGAGGACCUCUUUGAGUGGUGUGGCCGCAGGUUCUCUGUGAAAAGUGUCGUAUUUGUAGCCGUGCAGAUGCUCACCCUUAUCGAAACAGUCCACAGUCAUGACCUUAUCUACAGAGAUAUCAAGCCUGAUAACUUUUUGAUUGGUAGGCCAGGGUUACCUGACGAGAACAAAGUUCAUCUCAUUGACUUUGGUAUGGCCAAACAAUAUAGAGAUCCAAGGACUAAGCAGCACAUUCCUUAUAGAGAGAAAAAAUCUCUCAGUGGUACUGCCCGUUACAUGUCCGUCAAUACCCAUUUGGGUAGAGAACAAUCGAGAAGAGAUGACUUAGAGGCCCUUGGUCACGUCUUUUUUUACUUCCUGAGAGGCCAACUGCCAUGGCAAGGAUUGAAGGCACCUACGAACAAACAAAAGUACGAGAAAAUUGGUGAGAAGAAACGUACAACCCCUGUUUAUGAUUUGUGUUCCGGUCUCCCUCGCCAAUUUGCCCAAUAUCUGGAAACCGUACGAAACCUCGGUUUCGAUAGCGAUCCAGAUUACGAAGGCUACAGAAGACUUUUGUUAUCUGCAUUGGAUGACAUUAAUGAAACCGUGGAUGGCCAAUACGACUGGAUGAAAUUGAAUGGGGGAAGAGGUUGGGAUGCCUCCAUCAACAAAAAGCCUAAUUUACACGGAUAUGGUCAUCCAAACCCUCCAGGAGAGCGUGAUAGGCAUCAUCGUCAUAGCCAGCAACGCAAGUCUAGACAACAACAACAGGCUGCUACUUCAGGAGGUGGCGUGCUAUCCGGUAAUUACAACAGGCCGCUCCCAACGCUUCCUAAUAACCAGCAGCGACCUCCGCAAAACAAUUCAGCAUCGCAACAGCAACAACAGCGUCGGAACCAGCAGUAUCAACAGCCAGCGAUUUCCCAAGCUCAGCUAUUACAUUCACAAACUUCGCAAACCAACGUUGCAAACACUAAUUCUCCAACCAGGGAUCCUAGAAUAAAACAAUCGUACAAUCAACAGGAGGAUGCAGAUUCCAGAAAGUCCAAGCGUGGAUUUUGGUCGAAAAUACUGUGUUGUUCAUGA